AUCCUCAAAAAAUCAAGGAAAGCUUCAAUAUCUAUUAGACCAUUGAAACUCCCAUGGAUGAGCUCCUGCUCCGCAAAGGAGCAAGAGAUGAUUCUGGCAAACCUACCCUGAAAAGACCUAAAUCUUUUAAUUUCCCUGACCUUACUGUUCCAUCUUGGUGCCGAUCAACUGCCCAUCGUACUAAUUCAGAUGGUGCCAUUCCGAUCGUCUCUCCAUCGUUCACUUCCAACACUACUAAAUCAUCUUUCUUCAACCUCAUAGCUAACUUGAGCAAAGAUAGACAACUAGCUCAUCGUUCACACAGUGCUCCAUGCUUAUUCACAGACUUAAGGGAGAAUUCUACAGAUUCCAAACCCACCUUGAGAUCAACCCCUUGGGUAGUUCAACAAGCCUUCAUUGGUGUCAUCUUGUAUAUAGUAGUUGGUGUUGCCAUCUAUGUAUUGAGAAGUGAUGGUUUCAAUGGUCAUAAGACAUACAUACCAUUAGAUGCAUUAUAUUUUUCUGUGGUGACUCUUUGCACUAUUGGGUAUGGUGAUAUAUUGCCUGACACUACAUUUACCAAGUAUUUUACAUGUUUUUUCAUCCUAGUCGGUUUCGGUUUCGUCGGUAUAUUAUUAAAUGGAUUAGUAACAUAUGUGUUGGAUAGGCAAGAGGCAGUAAUAUUGAGUGCAGUAGAUGAGAAUAAGUUUAAUUCAAUGUUUCGAGUUUAUAUGAUCGAUGAAACUAAAGGAAGAAUGAGGAUAAGGAUGAAGGUGUUCUUGGCUUUGUUAGUUGUUAUUGCUUGUAUUGCUGUGGGAAUGAUCAUGGUUCAUAUACUUGAGGGAUUGAACUGGGCUGAUAGUUUCUAUUUAUCAGUUACUUCAGUGACAACGGUGGGCUAUGGAGACUAUGCUUUCAUGACAGUAAAGGGUAGGUGCUUUGCUAUAAUUUGGUUGUUAGUAAGCACACUGGCUGUUGCAAGGGCUUUUCUGUACCUGACUGAGCUAAGGAUUGACAAGAGAAAUCGAAAGAUUGCGAAAUGGGUACUUCAGAAAAAGAUUACUCUAGGCGAUCUAGUGGCUGCUGACCUCGACAAUGAUGGAUCCAUAAGGUAUGUAUACUGAACUUUAAAUGAUGAUCAUCUUCAUUAGUUAAGAGGAUUUUUCAAGUGUCAUAAUAUAGCCUUUGUGCAGCUAUCUAUCUUUCUAAAGAAAUGGUUGGAAUGGAUUGUU